UCAUGUUAUUAAAAUCAAUUGUGGUUCUUGUGGUCUUAGUUUCUUGCCAAGACGCUUUUGGUUCUUCUCAAAAAGCUAAUGAAGUUAGAACUAUUAUCACAUUGCUUCGAGAAGCAGUAGAGGACGCUCGUAUUCAAAAUUUUCAAAACUAUGUAGGUUUGAUAACUAAUUUCUAUUUGUCUAACGUCAAAGAUGAAAAAAAAGGAAUACAAAAAAUUCGUGAAUCCAUAAAUAAUGCAUACUAUGAUCUUCUGAUGUUAGAAGAAGAAGCAAUGCAGGAUGGAUAUGAUGUUACUAAAUGCAAGGACGAUGCGGUGACAGAACUUCUAUAUUUUCUGAAUAAUAUCAUGAGUGAUGUUAAUAAAUGCUCUGAAAAUGCUGAAAACAAAACAAAUACGUUGUUAGAAAACAUGUUAGAAGAUUCUAACCUGGAAGCUUCCAACAAAUUCGAUGAUUAUUAUCUCCAAAUGGAUUACUGUAUUUCAGAGGAAAAUGAAAGCUGCUUCAACGAUCUUUUCGUUGCAGUUAACUCAGAAAUUAAAGUAUAUACUAAGACGCUUCAGAAACGUUUCGAUUCUAUAGAAGAAAUUAUAAGUGUUUACGAAAAUAACAUGAGAAAAUGCCUCGACAAAAUUGGCAUCGAUGCUUCCAUGUUUACUGAAGAUUUAUUAAACGAUAUGGACAUCUGCAUUGAAUCACAAAUGAUGCAUUAUAUACUACGUGAAUAAUUAUUUUAUAGAAAUUCUAAAACAUU